AAUUGCAAAUGGCGUCCGUUGUUAUUGUUCGUACCGAUUAACUAUUUGUAAAAUAUUUACUGAUCUUUUUACGGAUUUUUCUAUUGAACUAUUAUUCUGAUCGGAUGUGAUAACCUUCAAUUAUACGGCGCGAUACUAUUUAUGUGCGUUUUUAUGUAUUUUGAGUGUUUUUUUUCGAAAUCUAUGUGUGUCAUGCAAAUGGGGUAAGCUAGAAGUAUCGGACGUCGCUUAGGUUGUUUUGGAUACUUUCAAUAAUAAAACCGAGUGGAGUUUUGUGACCUGAUGUGUAAAAAUGGAUUUAGCAUUAAGUUUAUUAGUUAACAAUUCGUGUUAGAAUUGCUAUACAUUACAAGAACGUCUGCAAUUAACCAAUGUUCCAUGCCGUGACUGUACUCCCUGUACAUUUCAAAAUGGCUGCUGCUCUUCACGAUAUAUGAGCUUUGCGUCACUGGAAUAUAAAUCUGUGGAUUUGAUUGAAGAAGAGAAACCCCGGCUUGUAGUCGUGUGGUUCGAUGUGAAAAGUUUAAUUAAAGUGACAAACAGUGUCCAUAAGAAGGCAAGGACAGCACAAAAGUAGCGUAUCAUAUGUUUUGGCAGUAGUGGACACUGAGUGACCAUAGAACCGAUAUUGCCUUGCGAGCCGGAUUGUAAUGUUGAGCUUGCUUUUCCAGGAUGAUUUGGAAGACAAGAGAAUAGAAAUUUAGUGAUAUUGAGCGGAAUGUGACAUUGUAUGAUAGCAUGGCAGCGGACAGCGAUGGGCUAGGUUCGUGCGCUGCCUCGUGCGGCGUGGUCGUUACUUGCGAGGGCGACCUCCGCGACCCGCGCUUUCCCGCGCGCCUACGCCGCCUCUUGCGCGAACUGCGGCAACUUCUCGCCGAGCCUCAUCCGCAUACGCUGAAAGUCAACAAGGUGGAGCCGUGGAACUCGGUGCGCGUAACGCUGUCGGUGCCGCGUGCGGCAGCGGCACGUUUGCGCGCGUUGGCGGCGGCGGGUGCUCCGCAACUGCGUGCGUUGGGCAUUCUCUCCGUGCAGUUAGAUGGAGAUGCUGCAGUCUCGCUGCGGUUGCAGCACGGCGCAGAAGUUAGGAUUAAUACUGAAGCUGAUGAUGCGGGUACAUCGAGAUCGCAAUCUAACGAGCUUCUCUCGAACUUGGGUGGCAUAGGCCGCCUUUUGGCCGACGAUGGGGCUUCUACGAGCACCGAAGCCACGCCCCCGCGGGAGAACUUCAAGUCCCCGAACACCGUAUGCCCCAUGGACGGUAAAAUACCGCAGAACAUUCCCACGCCGACCGAUCGCUGUGAAUUCCCCUUUGGCAGUAUGACGCAGGCCAGGGUCAUACACCGUAAGGAGAAUACGUUAGGUUUAACGGCGACACCUCUUCGGGCAAGUUCAACGGAGGGGCAAUUCGUGCGGCCCUCUACGUCGUCCUUUCCCGGCCCGCCACCUCCCUAUCCCGCUCCUACGCCCCCGACCCCUACUUCUGCCCCCACUGUCGCCAUGUCUUCGCCCCUAUUAGUCAAUCUCCUCCAGAAUGAUGCCCCUACGCCGCAACCUAGACCGAAAGCGCCGCAUCCGGCUAAGUUGGACCGGCUUGAGGAUUCACAGGUGGAACUAGCCGUAGGCCGAGCGCCGUUCGAGUACCGUGGGGCGCGGCCGACGAUCCGUCCCCCCGCGCCGACGACAUCUCCCAUCCCCUCCCCCUCCUCCCCCCGCCCCAGGCCGAACUUCAUCCGACGGGCAUUCGUGGCGCGUCCCCAACCCCCGACGCAGUAUCGGGCGCCCCCCAACGCGACGAUCGUCACCCGGCAACGGUUUCCGUAUCCCGAAUUCCCUCCGCCCCCGCCCCCAUACAGGCAAGCGGUGCCCAGGCCUAGACCCCAGCCGCCGCGAGUCACUCAGGAAGACCUACAGGCGUUGUUGCCGCCGCCGCCCACCUCCAUGGAUCAGAAGACGCAGUCCAGUUUCCAGGUAUGUGAGUUCCAGCGGUAUCAGCAGCAAUACAACGCCCGGCAGCGCGCCGCGUCCCGAGCCGCCAACGCCCCGCAGCCCGACUGGAACGAGCCCUACCGGGACACGUUAGGACUGGCCUUGCCCGAAUUGCCCGACGGCUGCGACCUAGACCAGCUGCUCCCCUCUCUCCCCCCGGACCUCAACCUGGACGACACCGCCCUCUCCGCCAUCUCCGACCUCGACUCCAAUAAGCUCGAUCUCCUCUACGAGCAGGAGCACUCCAACCCCGAUGCCCUGCUGCAGGAGAUCACCGGUGUCCAGUACCCCCUGAACGGGCCCGACGUGCCCGCCCAGAACGAAGUGCCUAAAGACUUCGGCGAGAAUAACUUCAUGCCGCCGCCGCCGCCACCCGUGCCUUCCAAGUUCCAGAACAGUCCGAAUCCACCUUUCAAGUCGCCCCCUAACGACAGGAUCAACCAUUUGACGAAUAUGCCCCCUCCGCUGAGACUCCCCGUGAGGGCCACGGCUUCGGUCUCGACGGCGACGGUCGGCUCCCAAGCGACGGCUCAGGAGAUCGAGGAGCAGAACAAGCGGUAUCUCAUCAAAACUCUCAUGAGAGACGACGAGCCGCCUCCGCCGCCGCCGCCCAAGGAGCCCGAGAAGAAGCCGGAGGUCAUCGUCGCCCAGUGUAAAGUCAGGGAUGGGGCCGAAGCGUCGGAGAUUUUUUCAAAAACGGACGACGAUAAGAAAGACGACGACAAAUCGAAAAGCAAAAUGACAGCCAGGAAAGACGUCAAAGACGAUAAGUUGGUCGCGCAGAAAGGGGGGAAGCCCCGGAGCGGGGCGAAAGAGAAGCCCGCGGUACUGAAGGAUAAGAUUGUGCGCGACGGAAAGUCUGCCAAAGUUGCCUUAACGCGGCCUCACGUCGCGAAACCUUCGACGCCCAACGCCGAGGCGCCGAAGUCUCCCCCCGGGGAGAAGGAGUCCAUUAAGUUACGGCUGAAGCUCGAUAAGAACGAGCCCGUCGUACAACCCGUGUACAAAGCGGAUAUUAGCUUUAAUAACCAGCAACCCAAAACCGAUAAACCGGCGGAGAGCGAGCCCAGAGUUCCACCUUUACACAUAAGUUUGCGGGGGCGGAAUUCCAAAGUCAUAACGAAUUCUAAAAAAGAAAAGAAAAAAUUAGCCCCCGGCGAGUUACACAAAAAGGUGAAAAUCAGAAAGUCAAUAGAGUCCGAUGAGAAAUCGCAUCGGAGGGAUUCAGAUGAAUCUCUGGCCACAAAAUCUAGUGAUAGCACAGAGAAUUCGAAGACUGAUGAGUAUUUACACUUGAAGAAUAUGAAACUCAACAAUCACUUCGACGCCGAUGGUAUUAAGACGGAGGUCACCGGGGAUAAUAACGUAGUCUAUAGAAUGAAGACGAUAUCGAAGAACGCGCAUAUCGUAACCAAACACGACUACAAAUUAAAUAACAAAAUUCAGAAUUUAGAUAUGAAAUUAAAAAAGAAAUCGAAAGUCCUCAGUGACGGUAAGGCGAUAGAAAAAGAAAGAGAUAAAGAAUGGAGGAACGAUUUGCUAGACAAGGAGGGGAAAUACGCGCAAAACGAGGGCUACAGAGAGAUAAACAAUCACGAGGCAAAGAAGAAGUUACCGACGAAAGUUGAGGCAAAAUGUGAUAUUAAAUCCAGUGAAGUGCAAUCGGUUGACAGUGAAUGUGAAAAAGACGGCAGUGAAGUGAGACUGUGUCUUAGUGAAAGGACAGUGGGUGAGGAGAAAGAGGACAAUAAGUUAAAAAGGACACUUACCGAUAGUGCUAUUACCUCCCCCAAUGGGCUCUUAUCCUCUGAGAAGAAGAGGAAGACCACACAUAGUUCCUGUCCAGAUCCUCCUGGAUCGACAAACGUAGGCACGAUAGGUGGACCCCGGGGGGACUCCCCGCCCGCCUCUAGUCAGCGAACAGGCGCCGUCUCGCCCAGGAGGAAAGAGCGUCCCAAGGACAAGUCCUACUGCAAACACGUGGCAGAGAGAACCACUCGGCCCGAAGCUGAGAAAUUCACGAACAGGUCGCCCAACUCUCAAGCCCAAGGGGAAGACUCGGGAAUCGAAUCCAUGGAUGCCUUAUCGGAGAAAUCCCCUAAUCAAGCCAGCCAAUCGCCCCCCGGCCCCCAGAGGAAAGAACGCCUCGAUAUGCCCAGAUCGACCAGUCCCACCUCGGUCCAGAGGAUAAUCGGCGUCAUCGACCCCACCCCCGCUUCUGAUGAACUUUUAGAAAGGCUAUCGCUGGCCACGGGGCAACCCCAUUAUGACCCCGGGCCCCCGGAUAUCGAUGACAUAGGGGACAUCGAAGCGGAACUGGCCAAGAUGCACGACCACAUAAACGGGGACGACGCGCCUCGGAGACCGCUCGAUGUGAGCAAUCAGACCAAAGAAGUUAAAAGAACACCCACGCCUGUACUGAGAGACGACGAUAAGCCGCCUUGCCAAAGUAUAGAUAGAGGAAACGACCAAGAAAAGAAAGAAGAUGUCAAACUGGAAUGUAAUAUUGCUCAAAAGGACGACGCGACGAAACAGGAGAGAAACGUUUCGCCGAAAAAGGAAAAGGGUGAAGAAUUUGAUAACUUGCCAAGCAGAGUUUCGCCUCCUCUCUAUACGUAUUCUAAUCAAGAAAAGUCAACGGAAGGGCACGAGAUGAAGGAAGAAAAAUCCGCCAUCGAAAAUGGUGAGGCAAAAAAUUGCGAACCGGAAAAUGAUAAGACAGAGGUUAAAUUAGAAAGAUUACCGCUCAAAGCGGAUUUCCCCGAUAAGAGCUUAUUAGAGCAAUUGCUGAUAGAGAUACCGACGCCCGAUUACGUCACCAAACGGCCGGAGUCGCCCUCCCCAUCCGCCUUAGAAAGGGUCGCGCGGAGCACCGUGCGCACGAGAUCUAGCAGCAAAAUGAACAGCCCCGCGGACGGACCCAAGACUCCGCGGCUCAGUCCGGGCCUGAGUAAGCUCGAGCGGUCGGACUCUCCCGCGCUUCAACCCAGGAACUGCUUGAGAAGCGGUUCCGUCGACAAAACCAGUCCCAAAACAGCCGCCGUCGCCAACGCCAACGCCAAACCCGUUCCUGGGGGAAAGCGAAAACGUCGCGAGUCAGAAAGUUCGUGCACGUCCACCGUUAGCAUAGAGGAGGGUCUGUCGCCGGGCCGGACGAAGAAGAAACCCAGACGGGUGGACCAGAAACCUGGGAUCCCGGCGGUCGGAGGGAAAGGGAAGAAGGAUUCGGAUAGCGAUAGUGACGAGCCGUUGAUCUGCAAGGUGCGGGGGAAGGGGGUGAAGACAGUGAAACCGGGGGUGAAGGUGGUGAAAGGGGCGGAAGGGGUGGGGACGAGACGGUCGGUGCGCCACGGGGCCGCACCUACCACGCCUGCCACGCCGGCGCCGCCCAACACCACCACUGUUAGGCGGAAAACAAGGAGUGCUGUGGGCGAAGGCACUACGGCAAGUCCCAGUGCGGUGCGCAGAAGACGUGCGUCCCGCGACGGCAAGUGACGGCGGCGACGCGCGCGUUCCCACGCGCUUUCCUUGUCCCCUUUGCCCCUCCCUUUGGCCCCUCUUCCCCACCCGUGCCCCCUGCCGCGCCACCUCCAGCUGCCCCUUUUCUACCAGCUAGACUGACACACAACUAUACGUACUGUGAUGAAUCGUGAGAGUAUCGCGAGUGAGAGGACUAAAUCGGUGCAUACAAGUGCGGCCCACACUUUUCGAAUGUUCGAGAUCGCUCGCGCAUCAUAAUUUUCCAUUUUAUGAAUCUCAGCUGUUUAUAAAUGAAAAUUUUACCCAAUUACGCGCUUUAUUUAUUCGUAAUACGAGCGAUGGUGGACUUUGUCAGUAAUUUUUAUUUUAGUGAACAAACGAUGUUACCAUUCACUAUGAAGCACUCAGUUUUAACUAAGUUUAUUUUCUUGUAUGGUGUAUGUGGGCGUGGCCGCUUCGGCACGCGAGGGAGCCUUAGUCUAGAGAAUAGAAAUGUAUCAAUAUUGUACAAAAAGCACUCUUACUUGUAGGCACAUUGUUAUAAUAGGAUAAUAUACCCGAGAGAUAUAAAGAGUAAAUUCAUAAAGUUUUAAAAAAAUAUUUUCAUACGUUUUUGCACGAUUCGUAACUUCGUGAAGUGAACCGCGUUCUAGUUUUAUCGCGUUUUGGCGGGAAAUUUGACAGCUUGCAUUUUCAAUCUAAUUUAAAGGGUUUCUCAAGAUGGCGGUUUCCCGCGCAAAACGACCGCUAUUACGAUGUAAUGUUAGUGUUUUUAUGAUUAAGAAUUCACGACCAAUAAUUGUAAUUUGAAUGUGACAUUAUACUUAAAUAAUUUCUUAGUACACGAUUAUAAUCGUGAGUGUUUCAACAGUUGUCUGUUUGGGCUUCCAAUAUUCUAAACAAACCUUUAAUUUAUCGUUUACUGUGAAUGAAGAUAGACUGAAACAAGAUUCUUUGAAAAUCAUUCCGUCUCGCUAGGAUUUAUGAGGAUACACAUAGGUUAGAGCGAGAUGAAUAGAUUUGAGUUUCUUUCCCACUAGUUGUCUUUAUUCGCUCGCGUUGCUUUUAUAUCCAAUCUCCUAUUUCAUUUGUUGCUUUUAAUUCUUUGACUUUAAAUUAAUUAACCCAGUGAUCGUGACGUAAAGCAAUUUUAUUUAGGCACUAUAGCACUGUACAUAGUGAAAUGAAUUUUUGAGAGCUUAGUUGCUAAGUAGGCUUAGUAUUUAUUACAAUUUUGAAACUAUUUUUCUCGGCAACGUUUUAAAAAUCGAUGUUAUUACUUUGCGGCCCUAAGUCUGAGAUACAAUCCUAAGCAAUAAAGGUGGAUGUGAAUCGGUUAAUUUUUAUAGUUCUAGAAUUUUUAACACUUUACAAUCCCAUUUGAGUCACAAUUUUUCUUUCCCCGCGGUUUCUCCCUUUCCUUGACGUAUUGUCAAUGUGAGUUGAUCAGUGAUAGUGCUACAAUACAAAGGUAUUAGUGCGUAUGUAGUUUAAUAUACAGCAUCACACAAAGACCUUUCUGUUGAUUCGGGAAUCUUCAAAAUUGUUGAAACCACAGUAAAGUUGAAUGUUAUAUUGCGCCAAAAUUCAUAUUUAUAAUCUGCUUUAAUGACAUUUUAAUUUAAUGCAUAGCUUAUAGGCAAACAGGAAGGUCUUUGUUUGAUGUUGAUUUUGAGAAUAUUUUAUAGUUAAAUAUAAUGAAUUGCCUGAUAAUUGUGCCCUAAAACAUGUGCCGUGGUUAGAGCUGUGUCUACUGCAUUCUCUAUAAUGUAAUUUUAGUUUUGGAAUACGUCCGCAUCCGGCGGUGGUACGUUUCAAACUGGACUUUUUAGGCGCUGUUGAAUUGAACAUAUUUACUAUAUUUUUUAAAUCUACCCUCCAAUUUGAAACGUUCGGUUGCCGCAUGUGGGAGUGUUCCAAAAUGUUUUAGCGUGUAAUAGUUGUGUGCGAUAGAUGUGGGAUUAAGAAGGGGGGUAGCGUGCGCACGCCUUUUGUGUUAAAUUUUUCGUGGAUAUUAAGUUAUUAGUUGAAAAAAUUCGGUUUAAACCGAUGUAAUCUGUAAAUCUUAUGUAUAGUUGGGGAAAUUAAUAUAUGUUACGCGUUAAGAAUGUUUUUCUAUGAUUUUGUUCGGGAGUUUUGUACAUAGGGGGGCGUCGUCGCGGUCUCCUGCCGGUGAAGCCUUGUAUUAUAAGAGUAGACCCGCAAGCCUGUACCAUAUAAUUAUAAUAAACUCUCAAACUAGGUGUGUAUAUUGGGUGUAUAGUUA